UUUGCACCCCCAAGCCCUGCCCCAAUCUUUCUUGCAAGAGGGGAGAGGUGGAAUCCAUCAGCCAAGGAGAGUGCUGUCCAAAAUGCGUUGGCAGUGGAGAGGCUUGCUCUUUCGACGGCCAGAUGUUCCGGGAUAGUGAAGAGUGGCAACCCAGCCAGUGUGCUAGAUGUACCUGUUGGAAUGGGACCGUAUUGUGCUUUACAAUGGUUUGUCAUCCUGUAUCAUGCAACCAGGAUGAAACAUUGGCUGUACCUGCUGGAAAAUGCUGCCCAGAAUGCAUCCCAAAAUCCUGCUCCAUUUCAGGGAGAGCAUUUGAGCAUGGAGAACAGUGGCAGAAAGAUGCCUGCAUGACUUGUAUAUGUGACCGAGGAGAGACCAGGUGUCUCAGACAGACCUGUGGUCCACUGACAUGCGAGAAGGGGGAGAACAAAGUGAGACGUCCAGAGAAGUGCUGUGAGAAGUGCGUGCCUGCCGAGGGGAGCUGCGUACACGAAGGGUCUGUCAGAUACCACAAUGAGAUGUGGCAGGGUCCUCGUUGCGAGUUCUGCGUGUGCGACACAGGCCAGGUUGCUUGCUGGAAUGGAGAAUGUGCCAAAGUGGAGUGUGGCGUGGGUGAAGAAUUAAUUCAUUUAGAAGGCAAGUGCUGUCCUGAAUGUAUUUCAAGAGGUGGCCCCUGUGUUUACAAAGAACAUACCAAAGAUAGCGGUGAGAAAUGGAAGGAAGGUCUGUGCCGCGAAUGUCAGUGCCAGGAUACCAAGGUGGUCUGCUAUUCUGCAUCUUGUCCAACUUGCCCCUUGGGCAGCGUGCCAGUAGCUGUUCCUGGGGAAUGUUGCCCGCAGUGCAAGCCAGGGCAGUGCCAUGCGGACUGUUCGACCUGCUUGCAGUCUUUUGAUCACUGUGACGCAUGCCGUGAUACAAGCAAAUUCCUGCAGAACGGACGCUGUGUGGCCAGUUGUGGACCUGGAUACUAUCAGGAUUCUGGGCUUUGCUUAGCCUGCAAGAAUACGUGCUCUACCUGCACCAGUGCAUUCACAUGCAAUUCAUGUCACGAUACGCUUCUGUUGAAGAAUGGCCAGUGUGUGGAAUUGUGUGGGGAAGGGUUCUUCCCAGAACUCCUUCAGUGUACAGCUUGCCAUGAAUUUUGUUCCACCUGCUGGGGCCCUGCCACAAACAACUGUUUGGCCUGCAAAGACCCAUCUCGAGUGUUACUAGAAGGGAGCUGUGUCACUGCUUGCAGCCAAGGAUUCUACGUCAGGGAUGGCAUUUGCAAUGCUUGCAAUGAAACUUGUGAAAUGUGUUAUCCCGACAAUCCCGGAUGUUUAACCUGUGCUUCUGACAGAGUUCUGCAUGAUGGCGAUUGCAUGUUCGAAUGCCCCAGUGGCUACUACUCAGAUAGUUCUCGGAGGUGCAGAGUUUGUCACAGUUCGUGUGCUGGCUGCACCGGUCCUCUCUCUUCUCACUGCACUUCCUGUUCCUAUCCUCUGGCCCUGCAUCAGGGUCAGUGCCUGUCAGCUUGUGGAGAGGGCUUCUACCAGGAUUACGCUGUCUGCAAAGGGUGCCACCCGUCGUGCCGUGAAUGUGUUGGCCCGGAACCUUUACACUGUACUCGUUGCACAAAGCCAGAGGAAGGUCUUCAACCAGAAGAGGACCUUGGCGGGACACCGGUUGGGGUCUGUCUCCCCCAAUGCAAAGCACACUUCUACCUCAGUAAUGAUGGGGUAUGCAGAGAAUGCCACUCUUCCUGUUCCUCCUGUGUCGAGGAAUCUGCUGAGAACUGCACAGCGUGUGCACUUUCCCAAGUCCUUUACAAAGCCCAGUGUCUGUCGGCGUGCCCGGUGGGGUGGCAUGAUCAGGAGGCGCAUUGCUAUCCAUGUCAUCCGUCUUGCAAAACGUGCUGGGGCCCUUCAGACGCUGACUGUGCAACCUGUCAACCCCACGCCACGUUUGCAAAUGGGAGAUGUAGGACCUCCUGCACGGAACAGCAAUACCUUAACCUGGUGGGAUAUUGUGUCGACUGCCACCCUUUGUGCCAGCAGUGUGUGGCAGACCUCCAGGACACAGGAAGCAUUUGCUUGAAGUGCCAAAACGGCCGCCACUCGCUCCUGAAGGACCGCUGUGUGCCCGGUUGCCCCGUGGGGCACUAUAAGGAUGGCGGAAUGUGCAAAAAGUGUCACCCUUCAUGUAAAACCUGCAGCAGCGGAGAGCCUUCCUCCUGUGCAUCAUGCGAUUUCCACCUUGUUCUGUCUCACACCGGCACGUGCGUCUCGGCCUGUCACCUGGGAUACUACAGGGAUGAGAACCAGCAUUGCAAACCUUGCGGCCGUUCAUGCCUGAGCUGUGAUUCAGGAGCCGCUUGUACCUCCUGCAGAGACCCAUCCAAAGUAUUGCUGUUUGGAGAAUGCCAGUAUGACAGCUGUGCUCCUCAGUACUACCUGGACUUCUCUUCCAAGACUUGCAAAGAGUGCGACUGGAGCUGCAACGCCUGCAGCGGUCCCCGGAGUACCGACUGUUUGCAAUGCAUGGAGGGAUAUGUUCUCCACGGUGGCGCCUGCGUGGAACAGUGCCCGUCAGCUUUCUACAAGGAAUCCGAUACAUGCCAAAGAUGUGAUGUCCACUGCCUUCAAUGCCAUGGCCCUGGUGAAUGCAACCGCUGCGAACCCCCGUUUCUUCUCUUGGGUUCACAGUGCGUCAUUGAAUGUGGGAAUUCCUACUACGCAGACCACAGAGAGAAAAAAUGUGCAGCUUGCCCUGAAGGAUGCCUGGAAUGUGACGGAUCCAGUCGGUGCCGAGUGUGCGAUGCCACCACGUUUCUGCAGGAAGGACGUUGUGUUUCCGACUGCGGCCACAGUUUCUAUGGCCAUCCUCGGAAGAGAGUGUGUGAAGUUGUCAUGCGCUCUCCUGUGCUCAGCGCCAACGGCUCGCUCCAGGUGGGGAUCGGUGGGGUGAAGCCGCUCGAUGUUUCCUUGAUGGACAUCCAGGGCCUUGCCAGGCAGAGAGAAGACCUGCUGUUCCGUGUGGCUGGCUCUCCCACCAACGGCAGGCUGCUGACGGUGGCAACCGGGGAGGAGACAGUGCUGAACCAGGGCGACCAUUUCACUUGGGAGGAUGCGAAGCAGCGGCGGGUUCUCUUUGUUCAUGAUAAGGAGAAAUCCAGGAACGGUCAUUUUUCCUUGCAAGUUGGUGUUCAGCAGUACUUUUCUGAACCUGAAGUAUUCAUCGUUCAAGCACUUUCGACACAGGGCCCCCGUGUGCUAAAGAAUGAAGUCCUCGUUCUCAGUAGAGGGGAAGCUGCACCCUUAACCAACCUCUUCCUUGACAUUCGGGACAACGACAAUCCCCAGGAUGUGACGGUGACCAUUGUGGGUCCUCCACAUCAUGGCCGGCUCGCCAGGUUUCCCAAGAACACAUUGUCUGCGACGAGCAUGUUCAAGCUUGCUGACCUCGUAGGAGGACUCGUACGUUACGUCCAUGAUGGAUCCAGGAGUUCAGAAGACAUGGCUGUUCUCCAAGCAAGUGAUGGGUACCACUCCCAGAACAUACUCUUCCAUAUCAGGAUUGCUCCAAAGAGCAACGAGGGUCCCCAGCUAGUGACCAGCUCCACGGUGUGGGUUCCCGAGGGAGGGAUGCUGCAGAUCACCAGCAGAGUUCUACACGCCGAGAUGCCAGGGGUCAGCAAUUCUGCAAUAAUCUACACCAUCAGAGACCCACCACUAUAUGGGGAAGUGGUGUUUCUGGUCCCGAUGCCUGCCGAUGACCCGGGUCUAAAAUGGCAGCCUAUGCCCAACGGAAGAGCAGCCACACCCACCACCUCCUUCACCCAGCAGGACAUCAACGAAGGUGUCAUAUGGUACAGGCACUCUGGAUCUGAGACGGAAAGCGACUCCUUCCGCUUCCAGGUGUCCAGCAGCACCAUUCCACAAGUCCACCUGGAGACCCAUCUGCUCAACAUCGCUGUUCUUCCGCAUGCUUCUGAGUCGCCGCAGCUCUCCCUUGGCUCUUCUCUCCAUAUGACUGCUUUGGAAGACCGUGUGACCACCUUAGAGCCCUUUCAUCUUUCUUUUGUUGACUCAGAGAGUCCCAGUGAGAAACUCGUGUUCAAUGUGACUGUACCUCUGCCUCCAAAUCAAGGUGUUUUGGAAGACAGGGACAGGCCCUUGGUUCCAGUAAAGUACUUCACACAGGCCGACAUCAACCAAGGCAAGAUUGUGUACCGCCCACCCACUGCAGCUCCGCAUAUCAGAGAGAUGAUGGAGUUCUCCUUUGCUGGUCUUCCAGAGUCCAUCAGCUUCCGUUUUACAGUGUCUGACGGUGAACAUACGACUCCAGAAAUGGUGUUUACCAUCCACUUGUUCUCCACCGAUGAGCAGAAUCCAUUAUUCCAGAUCACAGCGCCGGUCCUGGAGGUCAGCCAAGGAGGCAGAGCUACCAUCGGGAUACAGCUUGAACUCAGUGACACCCGCAUAGCUCCUGAAGGCCUCUUCUUUGAGUUGGUGGAUCCGCCACAUCAUGGAGUUCUUCUCAAGCACAGCGCUGGAUUUCCCAACCGCAUGAGUGCUGGUGAUACCUUCACAUACGAGGAAAUCACGAGGAAUGCUUUGCAAUACAUCCACGAUGGGUCUUCCACAGCAGAGGACAGGAUGGAAAUUUCAGUAACCGAUGGGACGACUGAAGCCACGACUGUGUUAAAAGUGAAAGUGUCGCUGACAGAUGACGAUGGGCCCCGGUUAGCUCCUGGCUGCCCACUGAGUGUCAUGGUUUCUAGUAAAAGCUCUGUGAUCAUCACUCCAUCCCAUCUUGCUUAUAUGGAUAACAAUUCCCCUGAUUCUGAGAUAAGGAUUCAGUUAAUUUCGCUUCCCAUGUAUGGGACCCUUUUGCGAAUAACUCCGGGUCAACAUUCUGAGGAGUUUUCCGAGGUGUACAAUUUCACAAUGGAAGACAUCAAUAACCAAAGAAUCAGAUAUUCCACAGAUUUUGCAGCCAUCGAUCAGCCGGUCACAGACAUUUUCCACUUUGCUGUUUUCGAUGCUGACGACAACCAGCUCGACAGUCAAAUGUUCACCAUCACAAUCACGGAUGUCCCGGGCAUGUCUCCUGUCAUCGUUUUUGCCGACCAUAUCACGGUGGAUGAAGGAGGGAGGGUACCACUUUCAGCUCACCAUGCACUUGCUCUGGACUCUGAUCUUGUCCAAGAAGACUUAGUGGUGAAAAUCGUAACUUUGCCAAAAUAUGGAUACAUUGAAAACACCAAAACAGGUAGACGAUUUGGUCCUGGAGGCAUCACAAGCUCAGAUCUGACGUUCUCCAUUCAAGAUGUGGUGGAGAACUUCAUUUAUUACUUUCAAAGCGUUCACGAAAAUAUCGAACCGUCCACGGACUCCUUUAGCUUUUUCGUCAGUGAUGGUUUCAGCCAAUCAGAAACUAGCAUCGUCAAUAUCAUUAUUAAGCGUCUGAAUGAUGAGUCCCCAGAACUGCAGUUGGAGCUUGUUAAAGUUCAGGAUGGCAACAGAGUGGUCAUCACAAACUCCUCCUUGAGGGUCAAAGACCUGGACACGCCUGACACCCAGGUGGUCUUUGCCAUCACCAAGAAACCCACUCAUGGCUUGCUCCUGAAGCGGUCUCGCUUGGAUCCUGUGGAGAAUGGACAGGCACUUUCAGAGGGUUCGACCUUCACCUAUCAGGAUGUCCUGGAUGAGCUGAUUGUUUAUGUGCUUGAGGAUCCCAGAGCCCAGUCGGAUGAGUUCACAUUCUCACUCACUGAUGGUCUCUACACACAGACUGGGAAGGUGGAGUUCUCCAUGGAGCAGCUGAGCAUGGAUCCCCCCAGGCUGGCUGUCAACAGGGGCCUACAACUUCCUGCUGAGGACCGGUUGCCCCCAUCCAUCACUGUCAACACCGGACUCUCCCUAGAUGAAAACUCUGUAAAGAAGAUCACCACUCUUGAGUUGUCUGCCACAGAUCAGGACAGCGAGCCAACCAAUCUCUUGUACAGGAUCAUCAAACAGCCUCAAUUGGGACACCUGGAGCACACUGCAUUGCCAGGCAGAAAGAUUAGCUCCUUCAGACAGGCGGACCUCAUUUCCCGCAGUGUACAGUACAUCCAUACCAGUGAGGAGGAGAAACAUUCGGACUCCUUAACUUUCUCCGUUUCCGAUGGGACUCACGAGGUGAGCCAGACCUUUGACAUCAACAUUAAUCCGGUGGAUGACUCGUUGCCCAUAGUGCAAAGCCCAGGAAUGAGAGUCCAGGAAGGAAUCAGGAAAACCAUCACAGAAUUUGAGCUUAAAGCCAUGGAUGCUGACACGGAGGCCAAAACCAUCACAUUCUCCAUCGUACAGCCCCCACACCAUGGCUUGAUAGAGCGUACCAGUGAUGGGCACCAUUAUCGCCCAACCCAUGCUUUCACGAUGGAGGACAUCUACCAGAACCGGAUCAGUUACAGUCAUGAUGGCAGCAACUCACUGAAUGACCACUUCACCUUCAAAACAUCUGAUGGAACCAACCCCUUUUUUGUUGUGGAGGAGGAGGGAAAAGAGAUUGUGACCGCUGUGCCCCAGUGGUUCAGAGUGGAAAUCCUUCCUGUGGAUGAUGGGACCCCAAGAAUUGUCACUAACCUGGGCCUCCAGUGGCUGGAAUACAUGGACGGCAAGCCCAAAAACCUGAUCACCAAGAAAGAGCUGUUGACUGUGGAUCCUGAUACGGAAGACAAGCAGCUGAUCUAUGAGAUCACAACAGGGCCCAAACACGGCUACGUGGAGAAGAAGCUGCAACCAGGAACACCCGUGACUACAUUUACACAAGAGGAGGUGAACCUGGGACUGAUCCAAUAUGUGUUGCAUGAGGAGAAGGCUCAAGAGACAGAGGACAGUUUUUACUUCCUGGUGAAGGACAGCAAACCCAGCAUGGUCACUGACAAUGUCUUCCAUAUCCAGUGGUCUCUUAUUAGUUUUCAGCACACCAGCUACAACGUCAGUGAAAAGGCAGGCUCUGUCAGCGUAACCGUGAAGAGGACCGGGAACCUUAAACAAUACGCUAUCAUCCUCUGCCGUACCGAGCAGGGGACGGCCACUUCCAGAUCGAGCUUGCAGCCAGGAGAACAGGACUAUGUGGAGCACGCGGGCCAGGUACAGUUUGACGAGCGGGAGGACACUAAAUCCUGCACCAUUGCUAUCAAUGACGACAACGUCUUUGAAAACACGGAGAGCUUCACGGUGGAGCUGAGCAUGCCGGCCUAUGCCUUGCUUGGGAGGGUCACUGCUGCCAAGGUCUUCAUCAGUGAUACGGAAGAUGAACCCACCAUACAGUUUGACAAGAAGGUUUACCACGUCAGCGAGAGUGCCGGCAUCCUCUCUGCCCCCAUUGAAAGGAAAGGAGACUCCAGCAGCAGUGUAUCUGCAGUUUGCUACACAGUCCCCAGAAGCGCCAAAGGCAGCAGUGCGCAUGCGCUGGAGUCCGGUUCGGACUUUAAGUCUAGAGGAAUGUCCAACGAGAACCGCGUUGUGCUGGGCCCUGGUGUAACCAUGACAACCUGUGAUGUGAAACUGAUUGACGACAGCGUGUACGAAGAGGAGGAAGAGUUUGAAAUCGCGCUGGCUGACACAUCGGAGAAUGCACGCAUUGGGAGCAUAGCGUCGGCCAAGGUUAUGAUCAGCGGGCCCAACGAUGCCUCUACAGUGUCUCUUGGAAAUGCUACUUUUACGGUCAGUGAAGAUGCAGGGAUUAUUGAAAUCCCAGUGACCAGGCAUGGACCAGAUCUGUCCACCCCCACCUCAGUGUGGUGUGCUACUCGAAUUUCAGAUCCACCCUCCGCCACUCCAGGGAUUGAUUACAUCCCCAGCUCCAAGAAGGUGGACUUCCGUCCAGGCAGAACCGAAGAGUACUGCACUUUGACAAUCCUGGACGAUGCACAGUACCCGGUGAUCGAAGGGGUGGAAACGUUUGUGGUCUAUUUAAGCUCUCCGCAAGGAGCUGAACUGGCCAAACCUUCCCAAGCAGUGGUGGCCAUUAAUGACGCCUUCCAGGACGUACCAAGUAUGCAGUUUAAUAAAGACCUGUACCCUGCCAAAGAGAAGGACGGGUUCCUGCACAUUCCUAUCAUCCGUACUGGAGACCUGAGCUAUGAGUCCUCUGUCAGGUGUUAUACCCAGAGUCAAACAGCAAAAGUCAUGGAGGACUUUGAAGAAAGAAGAAAUGCUGAGGAGUCACGCAUCACUUUUCUGAAAGGAGAGAAGGUGAAGAACUGCACCAUCUAUAUUAAUGAUGACUCUGCAUUUGAACCAGAGGAGAAGUUCCAGGUGUAUCUAAGCAACCCCCUUGGAAACCACUGGAGUGGAGCUACCAUUGGGAAAAACAAUAUGGCUGCCAUCAUAAUUGCCAACGAUGAAGAUGCACCAACCAUUGAAUUUGAAGAAGGCGCCUACCAGAUCCGAGAACCGCCAGGGCCAGAUGGCGUUGCUUUCUUAAACGUCAAGGUGAUCCGGAGAGGGGACCAGAACAGGACCUCAAAGGUCCGCUGCAGCACCCGCGACGGCUCAGCUCAGUCUGGGAUUGAUUACUACCCGAAAAGUCGAGUCCUUAAGUUUAGCCCUGGGGUAGACCACAUCAUGUUUAAGGUGGAGAUCAUGUCCAAUGAAGACAGGGAAUGGCACGAGUCCUUUUCACUGGUGCUGGGACCGGACGAUCCCAUCGAGGCGGUCCUGGGGGAGAUCACCACAACCAUAGUGACCAUUCUGGACCAGGAAGCUGCUGGAAGCCUCAUUUUACCUGCACCUCCCAUUGUGGUUACCCUGUCUGAGUAUGACCACGUAGAAGAAGAGACCAAAGACAGUGCCAAGAAGUCUCCCUCUCCAGGCUACCCGCUGGUCUGUGUGACCCCUUGUGACCCUCACUUCCCCAAGUACUUUGUCAUGAAGGAACGUUGCAGUGAGGCUGGCAUUAACCAGUCCUCCAUACAGUUCAGCUGGGAGGUGGCAACCCCCACGGAUGGGAAUGGGGCCAGAUCCCCCUUUGAAACCAUUACAGACAACACGCCGUUCACCAGCAUCAAUCACAUGGUGCUGGACAGCAUCUAUUUCAGCCGGCGAUUCCACCUGCGUUGCGUGGCCAAAGCCGUGGAUAAGGUCGGCCACGCAGGCACCCCCCUGAGGAGCAAUGUAGUCACCAUAGGGACGGACAGCGCCAUCUGCCACACUCCCGUGGUGGCUGGGACAGCCAGGGGGUUCCAGGCACAGUCCUUCAUCGCCACGUUGAAAUAUUUGGAUGUCAAGCACAAGGAACACCCCAACAGAAUCCACAUCUCGGUGCAGAUUCCACACCAGGACGGGAUGCUGCCUCUCAUCUCCACGAUGCCUCUGCACAACCUGCAUUUCCUACUGUCAGAGUCCAUCUACAGGCACCAGCAUGUCUGCUCCAACCUUGUGGGCAUCCAGGACCUUAAAGGCAUCUCGGAUGCUGGGUUCCUGGAUGAAGUGACCUACCAUAGCAUCAUUCUGGGACCUGGGUAUGAUCGGCCCUACCAGUUUGACCCCAGCGUGAGGGAGCCGAAGACGAUCCAGCUUUACAAACACCUGAACCUGAAGAGUUGCAUUUGGACUUUCGAUGCUUACUAUGACAUGACGGAAUUAAUUGAUGUCUGCGGAGGAUCAGUCACUGCUGACUUCCAGGUUCGCGAUUCGGCUCAGUCCUUCCUGACCGUCCACGUCCCGCUCUACGUGUCCUACAUUUACGUGACGGCACCCAGAGGAUGGGCCUCUCUUGAGCAUCACACUGAGAUGGAGUUUUCCUUCUUUUAUGACACCGUUCUUUGGAGAACAGGUAUCCAGACAGACAGCGUCCUUUCAGCCAGACUGCAGAUAAUAAGGAUCUACAUCCGAGAUGAUGGUCGCCUCGUUGUUGAGUUCAAGACCCAUGCCAAGUUCAGAGGACACUUCGUGAUGGAACAUCACACGUUGCCUGACGCGAAGUCUUUCAUAAGAACUCCCGACCACCUGGGAGGGAUCGAGUUUGACCUGCAGCUUUUGUGGAGCAGCCAGACAUUUGACUCCCCUUAUCAGCUCUGGAGGGCCACCAGCUCUUACAGCAGGAAGGAUUACUCAGGAGAAUACACCAUCUACUUAAUACCAUGUACGGUACAGCCCACACAAUCGUGGGUUGAUCCCGGAGACAAGCCAUUUCCCUGUACUGCUCAUGCUCCCGAAAAAUUUUUGAUCCCAAUUGCCUUUCAGCAAACAAACCGGCCUGUUCCUGUUGUGUAUUCCCUCAACACUGAGUUUCAGCUCUGCAAUAACGAAAAAGUGUUUCUGAUGGACCCAACCAAAUCGGAAGUGUCAUUGGAAGAGAUGGACUACAAAGGAGCUUUCUCCAAGGGUCAAAUCCUAUAUGGCCGAGUGAUGUGGAACCCUGAACAAAACCUAAACUCUGCCUACAAGCUGCAGCUGGAGAAAGUCUAUCUCUGCACCGGGAAGGACGGCUACAUUCCUUUCUUCGACCCCACUGGGACCAUCUAUAACGAGGGACCGCAGUACGGAUGCAUCCAACCCAGCAAGCAUCUGAAACACAGAUUCCUCCUGCUGGACCGGAAUCAGCCAGAAGUGACGGACAAAUAUUUCCAUGAUGUGCCUUUCGACGCCUGUUUUGCCUCUGAACUGCCAGAUUUCCAUCCCGUCACCAGCAUGCCAGGAGUGGAUGGCUUCAUCAUGAAGGUGGAUGCCCUCUACAAGGUGGAAGCUGGGCACCAGUGGUACCUUCAAGUGAUUUACAUCAUUGGUCCCGAGUCCAUCACGGGCCCUCGAGUCCCGCGCUCCCUCGUACACCAACUAAAGCGCCACCGCCGGGAUCUUGCGGACAACAAGGGCAGCCUGUCUCUGGACGACUCCUUGAUCUACGACAACGAAGGGGAUCAAGUCAAGAACGGCACCAACAUGAAGUCGCUCAACCUGGAGCGCCAAGAGGCCGUGUCCGCCGCCUCCCUAUCGCAGACAGGGGCUUCCAUCGGCAGCGCCUUUGCUGCCAUCUUGCUCCUGCUCCUCGUGCUCUUGGUGGUUUGCUUCGUGACCCAGAAGUGUCGGAAACACAGGAAGAAGAAAAAGUCCGCCACGGAUGGUGCGGAGGAGUAUCCCCUCAAUACCAAAGUGGAGGCAGCCAGGAGAAGCACAGAGAGGGGAGAGAAAAAUGUAAACCGACAGUAUUGCACCGUGAAGAACUUGAAUAUACUCUGUGAAAAUGAGGGGACCUACAAUUUCAAAGGGGCAAAGGUCAAGCAAGUGAACUUGGAGGUGAAGGUCCACAACAAUUUACAUGACGGGACAGAAGUUUAACGGCACACAGAUUUCUUUUUUGUAACAUCUUUUUAUAAAUUGUAAAA